UGUGGAGCAGCUUUGGUUUUCACAGAAAAUCCCUCCGUUGUUAAAGUGUAUUUUGCUUUUCUUUUACUGCGGCAGCCUCUCCGGGGUUUUGGGUUUUGCAAGACACAAAAAACAAACAGGAAUGCUUGUGCUUAAGACUUGGUGAAGUGAAAGGAAUAUAGAGAGAUGGUGGAAGGAAGAAAUAAAGAGAAAAGUUAUUAUAGGGUUUGCGCCAUUGGAGGAAUGCUCAGUUCUGGUGCCACCCAUGUCGCUCUCACUCCUCUUGAUGUCCUCAAAGUCAAUAUGCAGGUGUAUCCCAUUAAAUAUAACAGUAUUGCUUCCUGUUUCACUACAUUAUUGAAAGAGCAAGGCCCUUCUGCCUUUUGGAGAGGUUGGGCCGGCAAGUUCUUUGGUUAUGGUGUUCAAGGUGGUUGUAGAUUUGGUUUAUACGAGUACUUCAAGACUCUUUAUUCUAGUGUUUUAGGGGACUGCAAUAGGAGUUUCGUUUUCUUUAUCAGUAGUGCUUCUGCUGAAGUGUUUGCCAAUGUUGCUCUUUGCCCGUUUGAAGCCAUUAAAGUCCGGGUUCAAGCACAACCCCAUUUCGCGAAGGGUUUGGCUGAUGGCUUUCCUAGGCUUUAUGCAUCAGAAGGGGUCUUUGGUUUUUAUAGGUGGCUACUUCCUCUUUGGGGCCGAAACCUUCCGUUCUGUAUGGUUAUGUUCUCCACAUUUGAGCAUUCUGUGGACUUUUUGUACGGUAACAUCAUUAGAAAAACAAAGGCAGAAUGCUCAAAAACUCAACAACUUGGUGUGACAUGUUUAGCUGGCUAUGCUGCUGGAGCUGUUGGUAGCUUUAUUUCUAAUCCUGCUGACAAUAUUGUUUCCUCUCUUUAUAAUAAAAAGGCUGAUAAUCUCAUGAUGGCUAUCAAGAAAAUUGGGUUCAUCAAUCUGUUUACCAGAAGCCUUCCUAUCCGGAUAAUGCUCGUGGGACCAAUGGUGACUCUGCAAUGGUUUUUCUAUGACACUAUUAAAGUUUUAAGUGGCUUGCCCACAAGCGGAGAAGUCACUGCUAAAGAGAAAGUAGAUACAGAAGCCUGAGCUCAUAGAAAGGAGUCACUGUCUACUGAUAGCACACAAGUAACUGCAAUAUAGGACAAUCGCUGUUGCUGGUAAAUUAGUGAUAUUUGUCUUUUCUGCCAUACACAUGCUUUUAACUUAACGAGUUUACAACAUAUUACCUUCAAUCUCAAUGUAAGAAGAAUUUGAUCCUCAGACUUCAAACUGUGACUGAUAUUAACAUGUUUUGUUCUACAUAGUCUGAAACUGAGUUCCAUGUAUCACAAAAAGUCCAAGCAGAUUAUCCAACUAUACUUUAUUACUUGUAACCUUUAGAAAACAUGCAAACAUUUUUCUCUUUUCAACUACAGGAGUUCAUGAAUGCUUGAUCUUUUGGUUUUGUUCAA